AUGAAGUUCCGAGCUGUUAUGGUAGAUACCGGACCGAUGCGAGAGUUUACAAAUAUCGUUUCGACAAUAUCGAAAUUAUCUAAGGAGUGUGUCCUAAGAUUAUCAACAGAAAAACUGUAUUUUAUCGUGAGUGAAGACAAUAGUGGUCCAUCGCCACCAAUGUUGUGGUGUGAAAUACCCCAAGAUACAUUCUUCUCUGAAUAUCAAAUAGUUGGCGUAGAUGAUGAGUACAGAGAUAUAUACUUGGGGCUAGUCUCCGCAAAUUUAUCCAAGUCACUAGCUACCUUGAAAACAGCAAAAUGUCUUAAGAUGAAACUUACUAAAAAGCAAUGUCCAUGUCUAACUCUAGAAAUUGAAACUCCAUCAUCAACUUCUCAGCAAACAAGACAAGUGACACAUGACAUUCCAGUUAUUGUGAUACCACGAAAGCUCUGGUCAGAAUUUCAUGAGCCGAGGAUUCCACAGCCUGAUAUGUCCAUAGAAUUGCCAGCGUUAAAGCAACUUCGUACAACAAUAGACAGAAUGAAGGGUAUGUGCCCUGAAGUUGUUAUAAGAGCUUCUGCCGAGGGGAGAUUAACAUUACAGAUUAAAACGGACAUGGCUAAAGUUUCUACACGGUUUAAGGACUUGAGGGUAAUGGCGUUUGAAGGUCCAAUAGAUCACUCAGAUUCAGAAACAGAAACUCAAACAAUAGAAGAUAUAUCAAAAACGUGCUACUGUAGAGUGGACACUAAAAAAUUCUCUAUGUUUCUCAGUGCUGACCAGAUAUCACAUAACGCCACUGUUUGUUCUAUUGUCAAUAAGAAAUUGGUUAUAUUAUGCCUACAGACCGAGGAGAAUGUUAAGUUACAGUGUUUUAUAACUGGAAUUGUAUAUUGA